AAACGCUCUGCUCCUAGAAAUACCCUGCUCCUAGAAACGCUGUGUUCCUGGAAACAUCCUGCUGCAUUUGAACAUGGUCUAAGUCUUAGGAAUUUGCCAAUUUCUCUAAUAUCACGAACUUCGGUCAAUCUAAAUCUCAAACGUCCUGGUAAUCUUAGGAAAGACGAUGCAGAGAGAAUAGAUAGACUUCUAGGGCACAUGAUAGCAUCCACUGGAAGCCUUGACGGAGGCUGUGCGGCUGCAUAUACGAUAUAA